GUCGCCGUUGUCAUAGGAUACCUGUGACGUCACAACGUGGCGGCCCCACGAAUGGAGCUUGCUGUGAAGCUCGUUGAAUACAUGUGAAAUAAGCGAUACAUUUGAACGCAGAGCACCCACAUUUGAUUGAAAUAGUGUCAUUUAGCAAUUAUACGGAGCUUCGGAUACAACCGUGGCGCGUUGGGCCUAAAAGCCUCCUUCGGUGUCGUUAACAUGCUCGCCUCUGAGCUGUGGCGACGUUAGCUAGCGAGGGGGGGGGGCAAGCUCGACCACUGGUCCUGCUUUUAACGUCAACAUCGGCUUCUCGUUAGGGCGAAGCGAUGCUGGGGUUUCUGACGGCGAGGCAGGCCGGUCUGGACGACCCUCUGCGACUGAGACGUGCAGAGUCGACGAGAAGGGUCCUGAGUCUGACGUUGAAUCCUGACAGAGAGGUGGACAGAAUCCAUGGAAAUGCCAUCAACACCAUAGACAUUGAAGUAAUAGAAGGCAGAUACAUGUUGUCUGGUGGAGCAGAUGGAGUGAUCGUCAUCUAUGACCUGGAGAACUACAGUGGGAAAACACAGUACACCUGCAAGGCAGUUUGCACAGUCGGCAGGUCGAAUCGGUAUGUCCACAAGUUCAGCGUAGAGACGGUCCAGUGGUAUCCUCAUGACACGGGCAUGUUUGUGUCCAGCUCCUUUGACAAGACCAUGAAAGUCUGGGACACUGAGACACUGAAGCCUGCUGAAGUUUUUGAGUUUGAGGACAACGUCUACAGCCACCACCUGUCCCCCAUCGCCAGGAAGCACAGUCUCAUCGCAGUUGGCACCAAAGACCCUAAAAUCCAGCUGUGUGAUCUGAAGUCUGGGUCACGGAUUCAGGUUCUUCAGGGUCACAGAGCAGAGGUCCUGUCUGUGCGGUGGUCGCCCAGACACGAGCACAUCUUGGCAACUGCCAGUGCAGACAGCAAAGUGAAAGUUUGGGAUGUGCGCCGGGCCUCUGGUUGUCUCUUCACUCUGGAUCAGCACAACGGAGACAAAACCAAAGCCGCCUCUGAAGCAGUGAACACGGCUCAUAAUGGCAGAGUGAAUGGCCUGUGCUUCACUGCCGAUGGCCUCCACCUCCUCACCACUGGAACCGAUGACCGGAUGAGACUGUGGAAUAGUGCUACUGGGGAAAACACACUGGUAAAUUACGGGAAGGUCUCCAACGGGAGUCGUAAGAGGCUCCAGUUCACAGUGUCACGGGGCUGCAGCCCGGAGUUGGUGUUCGUGCCAUGCGAGAGCUCGGUGGCCGUGUACGCCGUCCACACGGGAGCGCUGGUCACGAUGCUCAGGGGUCACUACAACAACGUUGACUGCUGCGAGUUCCACCCAGACUACCAGGAGCUGUAUACUGGAGGUAAAGACUGUAAUAUCCUGGCGUGGAUUCCUGUCCUGCGAGCCUCAGACGUGGAGGAAGAGUCAAAAAGUGCAAAUCAGGCCGCUGCUGCAGACCCGUCGUCGGUGAACCCUGCCUUUCAGGACGCAUGGAGCAGCGAUGAAGAUUAACGCUGGCGUUGUGCAUGUGUGGACACCGUGGUCAUGCACAGCGUCUGACUGAGCAAAUGAGCACACUUCCUUUCCGAUUACCUUGUGAAGAAGAAAUGACAAGUUAAUGAUGGUCCUCGGACCCCUGUGAAUAUAUCUCCGGGUUGAGGGAAAUGUCUCCGGUUUCAUCCAUGCAGACAAAGAUGAAGACCUUAAAUUGUAAAUGAAUUGUGUAAAUAAUUGUACCACUUUAUAUACACGUUGCUAUGAAUAAUGUUUUUGUUUUUUUUCUUUUCACAUUUUCUAUUGAGUUGUUUGUUUUUUUUGUCAAUGGAAAUCCAACAUGGUCCUUGGUGUGCAAAGUACAUUUCAAGAAGAGACUGCCAAUAAUCCUCAUGUGGGAGUAACCAUUGUCCUGUUUGUUUAUAAGUUCUGUCACUCUUUGCUGAAACUCGCUGCACGUGAUAAUGAAACCGUACUCUCUGACUCACCCUCCUCAUAGUUUUUACACAUUGCCUCGGUUACCACGAGGACACCUUGAACCCAAAUACGGUUCAAUACUGAUCCCCUAACAAAAACACACAGACAGUGUUACCCUUUGUGCUAUACCAUUAUGCCUUGCUCAGGUCAGUGAUUCUUUUGGAAUAUGAAAAUGCGACUUGUCUCCAAGAUACUGUUUGUCAUCACAUAAUGUGUCAGUCAGCUCUCUUUUCCCCAGAAAUACCUGAAGUGUCUUGAUUGUACAAGUUUUGGCCUUGUAUGUCUCACAUUAAAGGCACUGGGAUUGCCUUC